AUGGCGGCGGCUUGGCUCUGCACAGUCAGGACUACAGCCUGCACAGCAGCACCUGCUGGGAGAUCGCUACAGAAGGAGCUCUGGACAAGGCCAUGGAGAAGGGAAGCUGCUCGCCUGCCCUGGAUUGCUGCUUCGUGGCAGUGUUUGCAGUCACAAGCCCAGCGAGCUCAUGGUGUCAGGAGUUAUCUCAGGAGACUGCGAGAGCCGUCCGUGUGUCUGUCCCACUUGGCCCCUGCUGCUGUGGUCCAGCAGAAGGCUGUGGAUGGGAGGACAGAAGAGUUCAAACUGGUGUACAGGUUCCCAGGGAUAAAAUACUGCAGGGUCCUGUCGAGACUGAAGCUGCUGCAGACUGCCACCUCCGUGAUCAUGCUGCCUCCCAUCUGCUACCUCUACCUGCAGGGCCAGGUGUCCCAGAAUAUCCUCCUCUACACAACUGGCAUCGCUGUCUUUGCUGGGGCAAUGCUGUAUGGUAUGAGCUACUUUUUCAGAAGAAUUAUUGGAUUCAUCUACUUAAGUGAAACUGGACAAACUGUCAGAGUGGCCCACUUGACCUUUUGGGGAAGACGUAAUGACAUUUACUGUCCCAUAGAGACAGUGGUGACUUUGGAUGAAGUUGGAGAUAGCAAGGAUGAGCUCCUUCAGCAGUUCAAGCGAUAUAACAGUACAGAUACUUUGUAUUUUACAAUUAAGUAUGGCCAGAUUGUAGACAGACAGAAAUUUGCUCAAAUAUUUGGAGAAUUUGUGUGACAGAGCAGCUCAUUUCCAAUGACUUUGCAUUGUGCUUAUUCCACGAGGUUUAAAUAGUUCACCAAGCUACACAUCCCUGUCCAUUUCCUGUGCAAAGCCUGCUGUAAGUGCACCCAGUGUACAAAGUCACAGUGGUAAGGCACAGCCCACUGGAUUAAAGGUCCUGCAUCUUG